GACGGUUUGACCUUCAAGUGCUCAGUAACCUCCAAAUGGACAAUGCCACUCGUUUGCUUCUGUGAUUUUACAUCGCUCAUAAUUGAGAGGAGAUAUAUCUGACGUUCGAUACAAACCUAAAGAAGGCUAACCGUUACGUUUCCGAAUGGUUUAUAAUGAAUAUACUCUUUUCAUAACGCCAGAUCACUACUUCAUAAACGCAUUAGGGUCGAAAGCCUUCAUUAUAAUUGACAGAGUGUCACAAGAACUUAAAGUUGAAUUUGAAGAACCGGCCAUCCCAAGCGUAGCAAAAAAGCAUACAAUCUAUGGAAUAUGGGGGGUUGUACGUCUAGUUUCGGGGUUUUAUUUGAUAGUAAUUAAAGAACGUGAGCGAGUCGGUGAGAUAUUCGGGAACACUAUUCUAAAAAUAACCAAGAGCGUCAUAUUACCAUUUGCAAGGUCUGUACUUCAUUUGACAGAUAUUCAGAAUCAAGAUGAAUCUUUAUAUUGCCAAAUGCUUAAUAGUAUUCUGUCGUCAGAAGGCUUUUACUACUCGAGUACCUAUGACUUGAGUCACACAUUGCAACGUUUAUCGGAUACGGACUCAAAAUUCAAGGCAUCCAGUAUUUACGAGCGUGCAGAUACACGGUUUACGUGGAAUAAAUCUCUGUUGAAUGAAUGGGAAUCUAUGCUUAAUUCUACAUCAUCCUUCAAGCAUAAGCAAACAACCGGUUGGAAUCGCUUCGAUUACUGUGUACCUAUCAUUCAAGGAUAUGUUGGGAUAAUAUCAUAUCCAGAAAAUUUGUCUGACACUCUUAAGGGAAACCUCGUGUAUUCCCUCAUCUCUCGUCGUAGUAUACAUCGAACUGGAACAAGAUUCAACGCACGUGGAGUUGACGGGGAAGGGAACUGUGCGAAUACUGUAGAAACAGAACAAUUGGUCGAUAUUUCGGGGCAUAGGUUUUCUUUUGUUCAGCUUCGUGGUUCUGUGCCAAUAUAUUGGAGUCAACGACCGAACUUAAGAUAUAAACCAGCUGUUUUACUAGGUGGUAGUCAACUAUCUUCCAGUAUAACACACUCGGCUAACUUAACCGUUAAUGAGACUGAGAAGAAUUUGGAGGCAAUUCAAGCUAAUAUUGCACGCCAACAUUUUCAUAGUUUAAUAUACGAUUAUGGUUACGGACGACAAACAAUAAUAAAUUUAUUGGAUCAGAAAGGGAUGGAACGUAAUUUAGGACAUGCUUAUGCUAUGGCCGUUUCAGCUUUAGAUGAAAAAGAAGUCAAAUAUGAAAGUUUUGAUUUUCAUCAUGAAUGUGGUUCAACUCGUUGGGAUCGACUGGGUAUCUUGUUAGAACACCUUAUACCAGAAUUAUUGAGAUCAAAACAACUACAUAUAGAUAUGAAUAACUCUGCAACAAUUAUUACUCGUCAAACUGGAACAUUUCGUUCAAACUGUAUUGAUUGCUUGGACAGAACAAAUGUGAUCCAAUCUAUGCUUAGUUGGUGUGCAUUAGAACAAGCAAUGAUUGAGAUUGGUAUAUUGCAAGGUACAGUUUCUCGAACAGCCGAUGCUAGUACUACAUCACCUCUAUCUCAUUUGUGGCCAGGUUUUGGAUUUCGUUUUAAAUCGAUUUGGGCUAACAAUGCAGAUUACUGUUCUCUUCAAUAUGCAGGUACACCAGCCUUGAAAACAGAUUUCACUAGAACAGGUAAAAGAACAUUAUAUGGUAUACUGAUGGAUGGUUAUUAUUCAAUAAUUCGUUAUUAUUUAAAUAAUUUCAACGAUGGCUUCCGUCAAGAUUCAAUGCAUUUACUUCUUGGCCAAUAUAAAGUAAUGGAUGUUAAUGGGAAUCUUAAGCCAUUACAUGGACCAGGUGGACCUCCUAGACGCCGCCUAAAAAAUUCUGAUUCUGAAUGGUUUACACAGUUUCUACCACUAGUAUUUAGUUUUACCUUAGCUAUGUCUGUAUUGUGUUGUAUCUUUCCUACAGCUCAUUGGACAGAGAAAGCAACUUACGUACUAUUCUGGGGUGGAGCUUCAGUUCUUUCUGCUUUAGCAAUAUUUGCCUACGGUGAUGAUUUUGUUGACCAUCCUCGAUUUUGUCCAGACUAAAGAGGAUUUUCCAAAUCAAUUCUUACGAUAAAACCCAUGAAUCCGUAAUAAUUUCGUUUAUUGAAGAAUGUAAUGCUUGCUCGAUAAAACUAAAUAUUGACAAACAUCUUUGUAUUUUAAUAGGAAUAUAUGUUCGUUUGGUCGACUAACAAGGACAUAUCUUUUCUGUCUUCUUUCUUGUGCUAAAAAGGAAUCUUUUUAUAACUGUGACAACUUUGCUCAUUAUAUUAGUAGUGAUUACAAUGUCUUUCUUCGGGGUGUUUUCUUUUUCUCUUCAUAUUUCGAGUUAAGUUUGAUCUCGUGAAAUAUUUCGAAUGCUUAAACUAAUCAAAUCAUUGCCAUCUGAACUUCAAUAAACCAAUCCACCUUUAAAAUGUCACAAAAUUUUCGUUGCUUUCUCAGCGGAUGUUUCAGUACGCUAAUCAUUCAAUGGAAUUUACCAACUAGAUGUAGUUGUGCAAUCGAUUAGAAAUUUUAACAUCGAAGUACCAGACCAUCUACAUUCAAUUCAUCAACUAAAAAUAACCGUAUAAGCUCGUAUAAAUGUAUGUAGACAACGUUCUUUCUUUUCACAGUUGAUGAAUCCUUUCAGUAAUAAAUCAUAAUGUCAAUACAAAAAGAUCUCAUUGGGAACCAACUUGCAGUUUAAUCGUCUUUGUAUGGUGGAAAUAGUAGUAAUGGUAACCAGUGUUCAUUAAUUUUCAGUACUACUAUAUUCACAUUUCGAUUGUUAUAUUAGUGCAUAUUGCUAAUAAUCGGUAUUAUCCAUAAUUAAAAAAGUUUAUAUC